UGCUGUGCGUUGACGAGAAGAAACUUCCCUUCUCCACCUCCAUCGCCACCACCGCCGCCGCCGUCGCCGCCGCCACAACUUCCCUUUUACGUUAUUCGUCUGGCUUAAUUAGUUUGAGAUUAAAAUUAAAGUUAGUGGAGAUCGAGCGAGGGCGGAGAAAUGGAUUGUUCAAUAUGCAGCGCAAUGCCUUUUAUUCUCCGGCCGCCGAGGAACACCAUAUGCGGAGCAUGCUAUGAAGGAGCCAGAAGCAUAAUUACCUUGACCAACAAGCUCGAUCACGCCGCAGACAAUAAAUCGCCGGAUAAUAAAUCCUCUAACGUUAAUCCUUCAUCCUCGUCUUCAACUUCUUCUGUCAAGGGAUUUGCAAAUGCAUUGAAAUGGGUAAAGGAAAUGAGGGAGAUGGAAGAGGAGCUAAAUGAAAAGCUGAAUUUCCUAGGUGGAUUUGCGGCUGCUUUCAGACAAGACAUCCACACUGACAUCUUAGUUAAGCCUGGAACUAAUAAUGGACCGCCCAUUCCAGCGCAUAGAGCUCUUCUGGCGGCAAGAUCAGACAUCUUCAAAAACAUGCUGGACUCAGACGGCUGCAAGGCGGCGCCGACCAACAACACCAUUACACUGCCGGAGCUAAACUACGAGGAGCUACACGCGCUGCUGGAGUUUCUCUACGCCGGAGACUUGCCUAAACAAAAAGCAGAGAAACACGUUUACUCGCUGUCCAUCGCCGCCGACAAGUACGAAAUCCCAUUUCUACAGAAAUUCUGCGAGGAACAAAUGCUGGGAUCCUUAAACUCCUCGAACGCCCUCGACGUCCUCGAAAUCUCCGACACCUGCUCCAACCAGUCGCUCAAGGAGACGGCGUUAAACUUCAUCGUCAAGAACAUGGAGGAUGUGGUUUUCUCCUCCAGGUUUGAUACGUUCGCGCUCAAGAACCCUCAUCUCACCGUGCAAAUAACCAGGGCUUCUUUCAUGGAUAUUAAAAGUAGGAGGGCCGGGGUGUAAAUAUUAGUUUCUUCUCUUUUCAUGAAAAGUAAAUUCCAAAAUGUAAAUCAAAUAAAUAAUCUCAUACCAGAAGUUCACGAGUUCGAUUCUUGUCAAUAUUUUCUCGUUUAA